UAUCUGUAUCGCACUGUGACAGUUGUGUUUGUAAUGUUCGAUAAGAUUGUAAGUGUAUGUUUGUUUAGACAUUUUGUGAAGGUUUAUUUUAUAGUUCAUAUACAACCUAGUAACAACUUGUGCUGAAAUUUUAUUUGAUUUGUCAUCAUCAUUCCAAGCUGAGGCGCUAGUAAAAGCAUGUAAAUGAUAACUUCAGCGCAGAGGAUACAGAUGUAACAUGAGAGGGGAUCUCCCCAGCAAACAUGCACAUAUGGGUCCCAUAUGGGCUGUCUCUGGGCAAACCCAUAUGGGUUAGCCCAUAUGGGAGUCGUUUGGGACCUAUAUGGGCUAGCCCAUAUGGGAAUUCCCAUAAAGGUCUUGGCUGUUUAAGAAGGUGCACCUCCGACAUGAACGUUCAUUGGCCGGGUCCGACAUUCUGCACAGUAUUGGAGCAGAGUCAAAGGGAGCAACAAGAUUAAUUCUUCUAUAACGUGUUCAGUUGACUUUAGAUCGGGUUAUACAUAUUGCUUAUUCAGUGGUAACACGUUUUCAUAGAUUUAACCCGAUGAUCUAGUUUUGGACGAAACCAUAGUCAUAGAUAUCGUCCAAGAUAAACAUUUUGACCAAUUUUCAUUAAGAUUCACUUAAAGUGUAAUUUUGAGUGGUUAAAAGGUUUGGAAUAUAUCUUAUACUAUAAAUAUAUACUAUUUUUCAUGGUGACUUAAUACGCAAGUAAGCCAUGUUCUCUUUCGGUCAAGAUAUUGUCUAUAUUAAUAGCUUUAUCAAGAUUUAGCCAUACAUUGAUUUUCAGUGAUAAAGAAGUUGUCUUAUAAAUAGUGUAACACGUUUUCCAAACUUGGAACAAAUCCGAACCUGUUGGGACUGUCUGACAAAUGUUUUUAAAAUUAUUUAGCCAUACAUUUCGCUUGAAGGACAGUAACACUGUUUUUAUUAACAUAACUUGAUGAUCAUCGUUAGUAUUUUUAUUAAUUUAAUCAGUCUCACUUCUUUUCAUCAAAAUUUUGUUAGAAAUAUUUAGACGAACGCGACCCAGAUUUUGGCUCGGUCGAUAUAUUGUUAAGAAAGUCAUUUUGACAAAGUAUCAUUGUAUGCAAAAUAUGGCAUCUGAAAAUGACACGAACUUCAAUCUGACAUCUUACCCAAAUGGAUCACGAUCAGUACUUAGAUAUAUCAUAUGGAUUUGCAUUGUUUGUCUGGACUGUUAAGGCCGAAAUAGUACACGAUGCUAUGUUCACAUACUUAAGAAAACAUCGUAACGCAUAUGAUUGUAUACCCUUUUUAUUUUUUUAGAAAUAUAUUUGAUUUAAUUGUUCCACUUUUGUUUCAGUUUGUGUUUAUACUGUUCAUGAAAGAAAGAAAAUAAGUACUACCAUGUGCGUCAAAUAAAAACGAAGUAAAUACAAUGGAUAUAGAACAUUUGAAAAAAUUUUCUGCAGACCUAGCUCAGGUUAUGUCGAGGAUUGGAGUUAAUAAACAAAUGAUAUCUUUAAGACGCCACGUUGUUGGUCUGUUGGAUUUAUAUCGAAAUAUCUGUUUCGACAAAGGGGAAACUAUUUAUUUCACGUUUGGUAGUCAAAUAGAGGGUUCCACUACCCCUGGCAUGAAUUCAGACUACGACACACUUAAAUAUUUUAAAUUCCUAAUCGCCGUAUUACGACCCGAGGAUUUUCAGAAUUUAAAAGAAAAUUUUUUAGUUAGAAAGUACCCUACAUGUUUACCACAAUGCUGCUGCUUAAUGGACUUCAAGAGAGAAGAGAACAAAACAUUUGUUAAAUUGUAUGAUAAAUCUAUAUCUAAAUCUUUAUCUGAUCAUAUAUUGGAUGACCGCAAUCGACUUUUGUUAAAAUCCAAGUUUCUUGUACAAAUUGUUUUAGAGGAUACGAAAUAUCGACAGCAUGGACCUGCAUGCACUUACGAGAAUAUAGACACUGUUAUUUCCAUUUGUUGUAUGACUUUACCGGAUGAAUGUAGGGUGUUGUUCACGAGACCAAGGCCGGGUCACUGGCCCACAAAAGAAACGCUUUUAAAGGCAGAACAAUGUGAAAUGUAUUUGGUACAUCCCGGAGUUCUUGGUCAUACAUUUGGUUAUACAAGUCGAUUGGGCUUCAUUCAAGUAAAAUACCAAAGUGAGUAUGUUGAUUCGCAGUUUCGAAUGUCCACUAACAUGACCGAGCGUUUACUGAUGUUUGACCUUAACAUGGUACAGAUGAAGACGUACGUAGUUACUAAAAUGAUCCGAAAAGAAUUUCUCCAACCACUGGUCGAUGAUCGCUUAAGUACUUUUCACAUAAAAACGGCUCUUUUGUUUACGGUAGAGCGAUUUCCAGAGGGCAUAUGGAGAGAUGACAAUCUCGUGCAGUGUGUACUUUACUGUCUGAACACACUCAAACGUUUUUUAAAGAAACGCUAUUGCCCACAUUACACCAUCGACUCCGUCAAUUUGUUCGCAGAAAAACUUCAGGUGAAUGAAAUCAAUAUUGUGAAAGACAAAGUUACAGAGAUGAUCCAUUCUGGCCUAAGUUUCCUUCGAAGGUUAAAAAUUGAAAAUGUAGGAGAGAGAUUAUCAACAGGGUAUGAACAAUUUAAAAUUAACAAAGUGCCUGUUCCAGAAAUGGAGCUUGGAAUAAUACAAGACAUGAUAAAAUUGUUGUAUUAUUUUCGCACAAACGAAGAUGUCGAAGAACGCAAAACAUCAGCUUUGGCUAUUCAGUCAGCCGUGUUAACUGAAAAUGUAUAUAGGGAUGAGCUGACAUUUAUGUUGCACAGCCGGUACAGCAUAAUUGCAUCACAUGAAGCAUCCGAUUGUAUCGGCAAAGGUACAGAAGUGACUAGAGACAUUAUAAACAGGUACGAAGCUUCUUUUAGUUCGCACAAUCCAGUGAAUCUACUAAGGUAUGCAUCCAUGCUAGUGUGCACAAAACAGUUUGAACUUGUUAUCGGAGUGCUGGACGAAAUCGAAACAGCAUUAACACCAUUAACGCCAACCGUGGUAGAAGAAUCUUAUUUUCAACAAGAAGUCAAGGACACACUUGCGUCAGUUGAUGAUUACGACAAGUUGGAACCGUCAUUUUUACUUAUGACUUUUGCCGCGAUAGUUUGGGCUCCUCUUUAUUUUGUAACCGGAGAAAUAAACUGUGUGCCAAAGCAUCUUAUUUACACAAAAUUCAGAGCCAUCACAGAAGAUGAAAUAAAAGGUUUAAAUUCUUCAGAAGUCCAUUAUAAUAUUGAAAUUGUAUUUAAAUCCGAUCUCAAACCAUUCUUUUAUUAUUUGCGAUACCUUUCAUCAAGAAAUAAAUCGGAUAAGCAAAAAGCAUUAGAAAACCUUUCGGAGUAUUGCAAGCGUAAAUUAAAAUAUAAAGUCAGUGAUCACCUUGAAUCAGCACUUAAUAUGUUGGGUCAUGCCCUUGAAUUAGAAAACAGAAUACCAGAAGCGUGGAGAAUCUACAGACAAUCAGUUACAAUAAAGUCAAAGUACAAUGCAGCUUAUUGGCACCUGUUUCGAAUAAUCGGACAAUGUGUGUAUUGUACAUUCAAAUAAGACAUCGAAAAACAAUGACAAUACGUGUGGUUCGGGUUUGUGUUAUAUAUUAACAGUUUGUGUCAAUACCGAUUAAAGUACAAUCUCACCCAUUAUAAAUCUAAGAAUAUAUACGAGUGUUAGCAUUAAUUGUACACUCAUCGUAUGAUACAGAAACAUGCUUUUAAAUUUUACAUACAUGUGCGCAUUGUGAGAUUUUUGGAUCGACUUUUGUUGGUUAUUCUUCGUCUGUUGUCCGUUAUUAACUGUCGCCGUGUUCACAUAAAAAACUGCAUGUAUAGUCUAAUCGUUACGAUACCCUAUUUAAAACAUUUCAACCAGAUAUAUAUUGGCUGAGUUAUUUAGAGAUCUCAAAAUAGGCCAAUAGGUCUGAUUAACGAAAAAAACUUGUUUACACUUUAGACGUAACAUUUAUGCCUAUUAUUAAUAUAUUAUUUAAGAAACUUAAAGUAAAUGGUAUUAACAUGCAGGAUAUACAUUUCGUAUUGCAAAACAUUAUUAUGGGGAGCAACAACUUUUUUUAACUUGUAUAGUGUUUGACCUUCAAUCAAGAAUACAUGGAUUGAUAGCAAUGAAGUCUGUUCUUGCAAUGACAUUUGUUAGAGGCAUUCCAGCCAACUGAUUAGCAAUACACAUUGUUGUUUUAUUGUUCAGAUCAGCCUUAAUAUUCUUCUGCACUCAAUAAUAAACUGCUGUAAACAUUAUCUAUGUUUAGACAAUUCUACAGAUCCUAGUAUUUGUAAUAUAACAAGGGUAUCAUAUGAAGCCUCAGUGAUUAUCAUCUUGAGGUUGCACCGAAUUCCAGAACCAAUAUGGAAGAAGACUGAAAAAACUAAUUUAUCUUAAGAUGGAUUUAAUUUAAUUGAUUGCAAGUAGUUAAAAUUGAUUCAGCUUAUAAAUAUACAAGCUGCAUAAUAACAUAACGUUUGGAUAUGAUUAAAAAGUAGAUUUGUAAUAUAAUAAUAGUGGUUAUUAACUGGGUUGAUUGUCCUGAUCAGAGGGUCAGUAUUUUCAUGCAGUGUGCAUGCAUGUAAUGGUUAUGCGUUUUGGUUAUUUUCGAUAAACUGUUUAAGUACAAUAUUUAUUUAAAAUACUUAUUUUAGAAAAAGAGUGUGUAUGUAUGUUUUAUGCAUGGUAUAUGUCUUGUACAUGUUACGGCUUUAAGUUGUAUGGUUUGGUUUUGUACACCCCAUUGACAAACAUUAUGCCAUUUUCUUUGUGUGACAUAUAGAUUCAUGGUUUGUUGACAAUUAUGGCUACCUGGGAGGUUCUCCUUCAGUGAAAACUUGUGAACACCCUCGCAGCCACAUUGUUUGUCCGAUCCUCAUAAAAUGUGCGUAUAACUUGUUUUAGAAUGAUCUCUUGAAUAUAGUCGUCAAACAUGGUUCAUAAACACAUAUAGCCACUAGGAUUGGGUCAGUUUUUCAUAGCGAAAACCAUGUUAACACACUACAAUUAACACUUGUUUCCUAAUAAGCAUUCGACUUUAUCGAAAUAGUAUUUUUGUUCUUCUAGUAUCUCAACCAAAUUGUUAUCGUGUUCAGAAGCCAUAGUGUCUUCACAAACAUCACACCAGCUACUUAAAACAAUUUAGCUCUGUCGGGGUUUUAAGCGAGCGAUCUAGGGCCUCAUAUUCUAUUUUCCAUGUAUGAUUCUUACAUUCGUAUUUUCUUAUUAGGAAAUAUACGGUUUUGUAAAUUGUGCUCGGGUGAUGCUCAUUUUUAGCUAUUUAGAUAACAUUUUAUCAUAAUGCAUCUUUCUAAUGUAGAUAUACGUAUAUUGAGUAGUUAAUUUGACAUUAAACAUUUGCAUAUUUGUCAGUAAA